UAAAGCUGUGUAGUUUCGCUAGAAGGUAAAUAUCAACUUAGGCCUACACAUUUUGACUUCCCGUAUGCGAACGUUCACUUUACGAUAUGGCGAGCUUGUCUGAGACACGGAGACUGCAGAAAACCAAGAAGAAGUUCCUGAAACAGUCGAAAGAGUUAGUAAGCCGGAAGGAGCAGUCCAUUCAAGAAAACGUUUUAAAGAAAGACAGUGAACAGGGAAGGUUUCCAGGUGAUGGAGAUUCAGACAGCGAAUCAUCUCGGACAGGAAAUUUACAAAGGCGACGCUCAGCUAGUAGCGACAACAUUUGGACACCUCAAGCCAGAAGUUCACCUGUAAAUACCAGAUACAGUCAUGACCCCAUCCCUAACCGGAAAUCAAGUGGCGUGAGUGUGCAGUCCUCACCACCAAUCAUUGAUGAUCAUUCUCACAGCAACUUCCUUGUCAAUGAAACGUUAAAACUAAAUUCAUCACAGUUGGGACACUGGAGAGGCCAUAGCGUUCCUGUUGAUCAUAGCUCUGAGUUUGUUGUUCAUCCUGCAGAGUCGGUUGUUAAUGCUCAAACGGAUGUGAAGAUGAGUAAACUUAAAGCUCAGUCUGUUUCGAGUGGAUUGCUGGUGGUUGAGAGGAAGAACGUUGGUCGUUCUGCCAAUGAGAAGGCAAAGCUAAAGGAACUAGGUGAACGGAAUAGAAUAUUAGAGUCUCAGUUGAUGCUCCACACAAAGGUUAAUGCUGAGUUGAAGAAACUGCUUGUGGCAUCUGUGGGAGAUGACUUAGAAUACAGGUUUCACAAGCUCAUACAAGAUAAAGCAGAUAUGGAGAUUCGUCUGAAGUACCACUUGGAAAAUUCGCUUGAAACCUCAGAGGAAAUCGAGCAUCUAGCAAUUCAAUCUGAUGUUUGGCGUUCUAAGUUUGUUGCUAGUAGCGUGAUGGUCGACGAGUUGGCUGCAUGGAAGGCAAAACUGUUUGUUGAAAUGCGUGAUUGCCAGAAGGCCUUGAAAACACUGAUGGACGAAAGAAUAGAAAUCUGUGAUCAAGUCACAAUUUGUUGCCAGCACCUAACUCGUUGCGUACAACAGCUGGAACAGAAGGGACUCAACAGAGAGAUAUUAGAUCAAUUGCAGAAGAUUAGACAGUGGGAUAGUACUUUAUAUAACUCUGAUAAUCCUGAUCAGCUGAGCGCUAGUGCUUCUUUGGUUCAAGUUUGCAAAUACACGGGUAAUGUUUCUGAAGUGAUUUCUCAUGUUUUGUUAUCUGGAAUUGGGACUAGAGAGUCAGAGUUGACUGCACCGAUGUCUCAAUGUUGUCAUAGUGCAGGUGAAAUUCUUGCCAGGAAGGCACUUGCUCGUGUCGAUGCAUCUAUGUCUGGAGCAACGCCAAAUUUUCAUCGACAGGCACAGCUAAUGAAACGAGAGGAAGCAACUAAGUUGUCUCGGCAUUUUGCUGUGGGGGAAUCAUGGAAUACGUACACAGCUUUUUCACCAAUUUUCCCAUUCUCAGAAAUGGGGAAAACAACAGGCGAUACUAUUAAUGUGUAAUAACGACUAGGACAAACGAUUGCAUUAUUUAUUGUGUAAUACCCGAUAUAUUGCAACAGACUCAUUGUCUUCAUUCUCAUUAACAGAAUCGGGUGGGUAGACUGUGCACGGUAAUUCAAAUGGCACAUAGAAAUGACACAUAGAAAGCCAAAAGAUAUUUAUGAAGU